AUGCACCAGAACCUCCUAGACACAGUUCCACCCGACGCUCGACCUGCCCAAGUCAUUAUCAUCGGAUGCGGUGACCAUUCCAUGAUCAUACCAUACAUGGAAGAAACGACCGACGAAUUUCCCAUCUACUCCGACCCGUCAGGGAAGAUAUACGAUAAGCUACAAAUGAACCGGACGACUGCAUUCACCGAUCCACCGCCUUAUGCAGAGCUCUCGCUUAGAAGUUCGUUCGCAAAGUGUAUGAAGCAAAUUUGGAAGCGUGGUUUGGCGGGUUUGAAGGGUGGAAACUGGGAUCAGCAGGGUGGGGAGUGGAUUUUUGUUGAUGGGAAGUUGAGAUAUGCGCAUCGGAUGGAGGCGUCAAACGAUCAUCUUACAGCAGAUCGGUUGAUGGAUAUUUUGAAAACGGAUUAUAAUCGCAAAGGGGGUGAAGUGCCAGUGGCAGUCCCGGAGGAUGCGGAGGACGCACCGCAGGUCCAGGCUAGUGCGCAAGUUGAAUCUAAGGAGGAGGAUGGCAUCAAACGACAAGAAGCACAAAAUGAGGUUGAAAAUCCUUGA